CAGUGUGCGUGGAGAUCAGGUCCGAGCGCCCGCCCAGAGGCUGGCAGUCCGCGAGCUCCAGCCGCCGCCGCCAGCAGCAGCAGCCUUCGCGAGCAGCGCCGCGGCGGAACCGGGCGCAGGGGAGCUAGCCCGGCCCCGCCAGCACAGCACAGCCCGGCUCGACUCCCACCCCACUCCGGGGCAGUAGCAGCAGCAGCAGCAGCCGCCGCCGCCGGGAGAGAAGGUGGAGGAAGAAACCCAGCUCCUAGCACGCGCGCACCAUCAUGGACCAUUAUGAUUCCCAGCAAACCAACGACUACAUGCAGCCCGAAGAGGACUGGGAUCGAGACCUGCUCCUGGACCCGGCCUGGGAGAAGCAGCAGAGAAAGACGUUCACGGCGUGGUGCAACUCCCACCUCCGCAAGGCCGGGACGCAGAUCGAGAACAUCGAGGAGGACUUCCGGGACGGCCUGAAGCUCAUGCUGCUGCUGGAGGUCAUCUCAGGUGAGCGCCUGGCCAAGCCGGAGAGAGGCAAGAUGCGGGUGCACAAGAUCUCCAAUGUCAACAAGGCCCUGGACUUCAUCGCCAGCAAGGGGGUCAAGCUGGUAUCCAUUGGAGCCGAAGAAAUCGUGGAUGGGAACGCGAAAAUGACCCUGGGCAUGAUCUGGACCAUCAUCCUCCGCUUUGCCAUCCAGGACAUCUCCGUGGAAGAGACCUCGGCGAAGGAAGGGCUGCUUUUGUGGUGCCAGAGAAAGACAGCCCCGUACAAAAACGUCAACAUCCAGAACUUCCACAUCAGCUGGAAGGACGGCCUUGGCUUCUGUGCCUUGAUCCACCGACACCGGCCUGAGCUCAUCGACUACGGGAAGCUGCGGAAGGACGACCCCCUCACAAACCUGAACACGGCCUUCGACGUGGCAGAGAAGUACCUGGACAUCCCCAAGAUGCUGGAUGCCGAAGACAUCGUGGGGACCGCCCGGCCGGAUGAGAAAGCCAUCAUGACUUACGUGUCCAGCUUCUACCAUGCCUUCUCUGGCGCCCAGAAGGCGGAGACAGCAGCCAAUCGUAUCUGCAAGGUGCUGGCCGUGAACCAGGAGAAUGAACAGCUCAUGGAAGACUACGAGAAGCUGGCCAGCGAUCUGCUGGAGUGGAUCCGCCGCACCAUCCCGUGGCUGGAGAACCGGGCGCCCGAGAACACCAUGCAGGCCAUGCAGCAGAAGCUGGAGGACUUCCGCGACUAUCGGCGCCUGCACAAGCCGCCCAAGGUGCAGGAGAAGUGCCAGCUGGAGAUCAACUUCAACACGCUGCAGACCAAGCUGCGCCUCAGCAACCGGCCCGCCUUCAUGCCCUCCGAGGGCAGGAUGGUCUCGGAUAUCAACAAUGCCUGGGGCUGCCUGGAGCAGGCGGAGAAGGGCUAUGAGGAGUGGCUGCUGAACGAGAUCCGGAGGCUGGAGAGGCUUGACCACCUGGCAGAGAAGUUCCGGCAGAAGGCUUCCAUCCACGAGGCCUGGACGGACGGCAAAGAGGCCAUGCUGCAGCAGAAGGAUUACGAGACGGCCACCCUCUCGGAGAUCAAGGCCCUGCUCAAGAAGCACGAGGCCUUUGAGAGCGACCUGGCUGCCCACCAGGACCGCGUGGAGCAGAUCGCCGCCAUUGCACAGGAGCUCAAUGAGCUGGACUAUUACGACUCACCCAGUGUCAACGCCCGGUGCCAAAAGAUCUGUGACCAGUGGGACAAUCUAGGAGCCCUAACUCAGAAGCGCAGGGAAGCCCUGGAGCGGACAGAAAAACUGCUGGAAACCAUAGACCAGCUGUACUUGGAGUACGCCAAGCGGGCGGCACCCUUCAACAACUGGAUGGAGGGGGCCAUGGAGGACCUGCAGGACACCUUCAUCGUGCACACCAUCGAGGAGAUCCAGGGACUGACCACAGCGCAUGAGCAGUUCAAGGCCACCCUCCCGGAUGCCGACAAGGAGCGCCUGGCCAUCCUGGGCAUCCACAACGAGGUGUCCAAGAUUGUCCAGACCUACCACGUCAACAUGGCCGGCACCAAUCCCUACACAACCAUCACGCCUCAGGAGAUCAACGGCAAAUGGGACCAUGUGCGGCAGCUGGUGCCUCGGAGGGACCAGGCCCUGACGGAGGAGCAUGCCCGCCAGCAGCACAAUGAGAGGCUACGCAAGCAGUUCGGGGCACAGGCCAACGUCAUCGGGCCCUGGAUCCAGACCAAGAUGGAGGAGAUCGGGAGGAUCUCCAUCGAGAUGCACGGGACCCUGGAGGACCAGCUCAGCCACCUGCGACAGUACGAGAAGAGCAUCGUCAACUACAAGCCCAAGAUCGACCAGCUGGAGGGCGACCACCAGCUCAUCCAGGAGGCGCUCAUCUUCGACAACAAGCACACCAACUACACCAUGGAGCACAUACGUGUGGGCUGGGAGCAGCUCCUCACCACCAUCGCCAGGACCAUCAACGAGGUGGAGAACCAGAUCCUGACCCGGGAUGCCAAGGGCAUCAGCCAGGAGCAGAUGAACGAGUUCCGGGCCUCCUUUAACCACUUUGACCGGGAUCACUCCGGCACGCUGGGUCCCGAGGAGUUCAAAGCCUGCCUCAUCAGCUUGGGUUAUGAUAUUGGCAACGACCCCCAGAAGAAGACAGGCAUGAUGGACACGGAUGAUUUCCGAGCCUGCCUGAUCUCCAUGGGUUACAACAUGGGAGAGGCAGAAUUUGCCCGAAUCAUGAGCAUCGUGGACCCCAACCGCCUGGGGGUAGUGACAUUCCAGGCCUUCAUCGACUUCAUGUCCCGGGAGACGGCGGACACAGACACAGCAGACCAAGUCAUGGCUUCCUUCAAGAUCCUGGCCGGCGACAAGAACUACAUCACGGUGGACGAGCUGCGCCGGGAGCUGCCGCCGGACCAGGCCGAGUACUGCAUCGCGCGGAUGGCCCCGUACACCGGCCCCGACGCCGUGCCCGGUGCUCUGGACUACAUGUCCUUCUCCACGGCGCUCUACGGCGAGAGUGACCUCUAACCCGCCCCGCCCGCCCGCCCAGCACCCGCACCCCUGCCCCUGCGAGCCCCGCCCUGCUCCUCCGCUGCCCCCCGCCCGCCUCCUGAGCUGGGACCCACGUGGCCUCCAGCCUCCCUGCCCGCCAAGUGACAGUUUACAAAAUUAUUUUCUGCAAAAAAGAAAAAAAGAAAAAAGAAAAAAAGUUACGUUAAAAAAAGUAAAAAAGACAAAACAAAAAAACCGCAUAUUUUAUUAUAGAAAAAGUAUUUUUUUCUCCACCAGACUUAAAUGGAAAAGAGGAAGAAUUAACUAUUUGCACCAAAAUGUUUUGUUUUGUUUUGUGACAUAGGAAAAGAACCAAGCACAAUGUUAUAUUCCAUCCUUUUUAUCGAUUUUUUUUUUUUUCCUAUCUGUUCCAUCUGCUGUAUUCAUUUCUCCAGUCUCAUGUCCACCUUGAUGUGGGAAAGGGGUGGGGAGGGGAUAAUCUUGUCAAAAGGCACAUUGGUGCAUGUGUGUUUGCUAGCUCACUGUCCAUGGAAAUAUUUUAUGAUAUUAAAGAAAAUCUUUUGAAAUGGCUGUUUUUUAAGGAAGAGAA